AUCAGGCGCAGCAGCACAAACGGUCCCGCGCGCCAAUUUACGCGGAUGGAUUAUGAGCUAGUCGCGGAGACGCGACAAACGGUGGAAACGGCCAGCGCACCGACUGCGGGCCUGCAAUUGGAGGCGGCGAUGGUCGGCAGCGCGCACAACAAAGACGGCGACAUCGUUUCCCGAUCGUCGGCGUCUGACUUAACUUUGGUCUGCUUUGGUAGUCUGCCGACAGGUCACGGCGCUGGUUGCUGGACGCAUGCCGCGCGUAUUUGCCGGUCGUGGCCGAGAGUCGACGGAGACGACCGAGCGACCUCGCUGGUGCGGUGCAUCGAGGGUUGGCGUCGGAGUUCAAACUUGGCAAGAGAACCACCCCCGGCCGGGCUAGUCUUCCGAAAUUGUUGCGGCGCCCGUGAAAUUCGGCGAAGAGAUCGAGCAAGCGUAUAUUCUUGAAUCUACAGGGAC